CCCGUGACGCCAGAGCUCCUGGUGAGCCCCAGCAGCCAGGGUGGGGACCUGGGGUCUGAGGGUCCAGAAGACAGAGGGAACUGGACGGGGCGGCUGGAUUUCCUCCUCUCCUGCAUCGGAUACUGCGUGGGCCUUGGAAACGUCUGGAGGUUCCCCUACAGGGCUUACACCAAUGGAGGAGGAGCUUUCUUGGUUCCUUACUUCAUCAUGCUGGCCAUCUGUGGGAUCCCCAUCUUCUUCAUGGAGCUGUCACUUGGCCAGUUCUCCAGCCUGGGGCCCCUUGCUGUCUGGAAGAUAAGCCCUCUCUUUAAAGGCGUUGGCAUGGGCACGAUCCUCAUCGUCUCCCUGGUGGCCAUUUACUACAAUAUGAUCAUUGCUUACGUUCUCUUCUACCUCUUUGCAUCCCUCACAAGCGACUUGCCCUGGCAGCACUGCGGCAACUGGUGGAACACCGACCUGUGCCUGGACCACCACGUCAUCAAGGCGGGGAACACCACCUUCCCUGCCAACAUCACCAACACUGUCAGCCCCAGUGAGGAGUACUGGAGCCGGUAUGUCCUGCACAUCCACGGGAGCUCCGGGAUUGGGGAUCCUGGGAGGAUCCGCUGGAACCUGUGUCUGUGCCUGCUCCUUUCUUGGACUAUCGUCUACCUGUGCAUCCUAAAGGGAGUCAAAUCCUCUGGCAAGGUCGUGUACUUCACCGCCACCUUCCCCUACCUCAUCCUGGUGAUGCUGCUCAUUCGUGGUGUGACCCUGGAGGGGGCCUGGAAGGGGAUCCGCUUUUACCUCACGCCCCAGUUUGAUCACUUGCUGUCUUCCAAGGUGUGGAUUGAGGCAGCCCUGCAGAUUUUCUACUCUCUUGGGGUAGGCUUUGGGGGCCUCCUCACCUUUGCCUCAUACAACACCUUCCAUCAGAAUAUCUACAGGGACACCUUCAUAGUGACCCUGGGCAAUGCCAUCACCAGCAUCCUGGCAGGGUUUGCCAUCUUCUCUGUUUUGGGAUACAUGUCCCAGGAGCUUGGGGUCCCUGUUAACCAGGUGGCAAAAGCAGGUCCUGGCUUGGCCUUUGUCGUGUACCCCCAGGCCAUGACAAUGCUCCCUCUCUCUCCAUUCUGGUCUUUCCUGUUCUUCUUCAUGCUGCUCACCCUGGGCCUGGACAGCCAGUUUGCCUUCAUGGAGACCAUCGUAACGGCGGUGACAGACGAAUUCCCCUACUACCUGCGGCCGAAGAAAGCCUCUUUCUCAGCUGUCAUCUGCAUCGCCCUCUUCCUGAUGGGGCUCAUCCUCACCACAGAGGGUGGGAUGUACUGGCUGGUCCUACUGGAUGACUACAGCGCUGGCUUUGGUCUCAUGGUGGUGGUGAUCACUACCUGCCUCGUGGUGACACGUGUCUAUGGCAUGAAGAGGUUCUGCCGAGACAUCCACAUGAUGCUGGGCUUCAAACCAGGACCCUACUUCAGAGCCUGCUGGAUGGUCCUGUCCCCAGCAACGAUGAUGGCUCUGCUGUUGUACAACAUUGUCAAGUACCAGCCCUCCGAGUACGGCAACUACCGCUUCCCCACCUGGGCUGAGGUCUUGGGCAUCCUCAUGGGAGUCCUCUCCUGCCUCAUGAUUCCCGUGGGCAUGGUGGUGGCUGUGCUUCAAGAGGAAGGGACACUGUGGGAGCGAGUCCAGCAAGCCAGCCGGCCCACCAUGGACUGGGGCCCGUCGCUGGAGGAGAACCGGACGGGCGUGUACGUGGCGAGCCUGCCCGGCAGCCAGUCCCCCAGGCCCCUGAUGGUCCACAUGAGGAAGUACGGCGGCAUCACCAGCUACGAGAACACGGCCAUCGAGGUGGACCGGGAGAUGGAGGAGGAGGAGUCCAUGAUGUGA